UUGUUUUAAAAUCAGAAGGAAAAAUAAUAUGGAUUUCAGGCGUUUCCAAGUUAUAAAUGGGUUUUCUGCAUGUUUGAAACCAAAAACAAACUUUCCUAUAGAAAUACCAGUAAAUCUAGCAAAGAAAUAACACACCCCAAGCAUGUCAUAGCCUGUCUUAAAUAAGGGGAAAACAUGAGAGCACUAGUAAGAGGCAAGUAAAGGGUGCUUUACUUUACAAUUGAUGGAAGCUCGCCCGCUUUGUUCUUGGCUGCCCCACGCAGCCAGCGGAAGGCAGGCCAAGGAGGAAAAAGCCCGGCCUCCCCCGUCCCCGAAACUACAACUCCCAGGAUGCCGCGGCGCAGUCUCCCUGCGGGUGCAGGCUGGGCUCAGCUCCGCUGGACCGGCGCUGGGGGACUCUGGUCUCGCUGCACUCAUGGCUUCUCCUAGCAAGGCAGUGAUUGUUCCCGGGAACGGAGGCGGGGAUGUGACCACGCACGGCUGGUAUGGCUGGGUGAAAAAGGAGCUGGAGAAGAUACCUGGUUUCCAGUGUUUGGCUAAAAACAUGCCCGACCCAAUUACAGCACGAGAGAGCAUCUGGCUGCCCUUCAUGGAGACAGAGCUGCACUGUGAUGAGAAGACUAUCAUCAUCGGCCACAGUUCUGGGGCCAUCGCGGCCAUGAGGUAUGCAGAAACACAUCGAGUAUAUGCUAUUGUAUUAGUGUCUGCAUACACAUCAGACUUGGGGGAUGAAAAUGAGCGUGCAAGUGGAUACUUCACCCGCCCCUGGCAGUGGGAGAAGAUCAAGGCCAACUGCCCUUACAUUGUGCAGUUUGGCUCCACUGACGACCCGUUCCUUCCCUGGAAAGAACAACAAGAAGUGGCCGAUAGGUUGGAAACCAAAUUGCACAAAUUCACUGACCGUGGCCACUUUCAGAACACAGAGUUUCAUGAACUGAUUACUGUGGUAAAGUCUUUGCUCAAAGUACCAGCAUAGACUGUAUGAUUUCUGCUAUUUUGCAUCCCAAUAUAGGGGUAGAAUAAUAUCUACUAUCAGCUGAUUACUAGACACAUAGAACAUCCAGUUAAGUUCCAAAAGUGCCUGAAAAACAAACACAAGUUUCAACAUUCAAUCUAAGUUACAAGUAGCAUUUCCAUUUUCCAUAGGCUCUAAAACUCCCCAAAUUGCUAUGAGCUACUGCAGUAUUUUCUUCAUUUGAUAAGAAACAUAAGGACAGCUUAACUACCCUUCUCUAUCCAAAGUAAGUCAGAAACAGAACCCAGGUUUCCUGAUUCCCACUCCUGAGUAAAAUUAAAUAGGUUUUAUGUAUGUUGCAUGUGUUGCACACUUUUCCUCUUUGAAAUCAAACUUUUCGAUUUCAUUGGGGAAAGAAAACCUGACUGAAAGUCCAGAGUGUUAGCUUAGAACUCAGAAUACUAGCUGCUGUUUCAAGCUGGCCCCGGACAUUUAAACCCAGACCAGGGCCUUCACCUCUGACACUUGCCCCUAAGUCCUUCAGACAUGUUGAGAGAGACUGAGACAGGAGUCUUCCAGAGUCAGGCAGGAAGGAGAAGCACAGCAAUAUACAUACAUAAUAUACGUACAACUGACUAGAUUUGUUUGAGACAAGAGUGGUGGGAUCAGAGCCAUGUGGAGAGCUCAUGGCCUGUCUAAAUUGUUGCCAUGUGGAAAUGGGGCAGAGUGUUGCCAAUUUUCUGAUUUUUUGUGUGGAAAAAAAAUCUCCAAAUUAUAGUUUUUAAAUUUCGGGAUGCCGGGCGCGGUGGCUCACGCUUGUAAUCCCAGCACUUUGGGAGGCCGAGGUGGGUGGAUCAUGAGGUCAGGAGAUCGAGACCACGGUGAAACCCCGUCUCUACUAAAAAUACAAAAAAUUAGCCGGGCGUGGUGGCGUGCGCCUGUAGUCCCAGCUACUCGGAGAGGCUGAGGCAGGAGAAUGGCGUGAACCCGGUUGGCGGAGCUUGCAGUGAGCUGAGAUUGCACCACUGCACUCCAGCCUGGGUUACAGAACGAGACUCUGUCUCAAAAAAAAUAAAUAAAUAAAUUUGGGGAAUGCAUACACACACACACACACACACACACACACACACACACACGCAAUACAUAUGGAGUAUGUAAGUUGGCAAUAACAGUAUACAUCAAAAAAUUUAUAAACGGCCGGGCGCGGUGGCUCACGCUUGUAAUCCCAGCACUUUGGGAGGCCGAGGCGGGUGGAUCACAAGGUCAGGAGAUCGAGACCACGGUGAAACCCCGUCUCUACUAAAAAAAUACAAAAAAUUAGCCGGGCGUGGUGGCGGGCGCCUGUAGUCCCAGCUACUCGGAGAGGCUGAGGCAGGAGAAUGGCGUGAACCCGGCAGGCGGAGCUUGCAGUGAGCCGAGAUUGCGCCACUGCACUCCACCCCGGGCGACAGAGCGAGACUCCGUCUCAAAAAAAAAAAAAAAAAAAAAAAAAAAAAAAAAAAAAAAUUUAUAAACACCGCAAGACAAAUAAAAUCCAAGCCAUCCAUUUGUGACCACAAUCAUAAGCAUUCACUUAGCCAGGGGCUUUUAGAUAAUUAUCUGUGAAGUCUGAGAAAAGACUAAGAUAACCAAGAUGAACUUGAUGUCAAAGGACGAAAUCGUGAGGACAAUUUGGAUUUUGUUCUAAAGAUGUGUUUUUAAAAAGAACCUUUCCGUACUUCAUGUUCUGUUCUGUAGAGUUCCACCUUUUAACUUCCAUGGCCCUUUAGAUCUCUUUAAAGCACAUUCCAUUUUCUUCUCAUCAUACUUCCUCAGAAAACCUUUUUUUGGCUGGGUGUGGUGGCUCAUGCCUGUAAUCCCAGCACUGUGGGAGGCUGAGGUGGGUGUAUUGCUUGAGGCCAGGUGUUUGAGGCCAGCCAGGGCAACAUAGCAAGACCCCAUCUCUACAAAAUAUUAAAAAAUUAGCUAGGCAUGGUGGUGCACACCUGUAGUCCUAGCUACUUGGAGCUGAGGCAGGAUUGCUUGAGCCCAGGAGUUUGAGCCUUCAGUGAGCUAUGAUCACACCACUGUACUCCAUCCUGGGUAAUGGAGCAAAGAACCUGUCUCUUAAAAAAAUAAAAUAAAAUAAACACCCUUUUUCAUUUCCCAACAUUUUUUGGCUAUUAUGAUCUCUACGUGUUACUUCAAAUAAUUUCCAGUGAAUCCACACUUGAUGUUGCAAAGCCUAAGUUUGCUGCAGAAAUAUAAUUUCCUACACUUCAUGCCUAAAGGAGAUUCAGAGCUAUCGCUUAAAACCAAGAGUCUUGGUUUUUAAAUGUGCUUAGACAAAAAAAAUCAGAAAAGGUACCCUAAUCGCUUAACAGCAAUCAUCUUUGGGGAAUGGGCAUUUUGGUAGGUACAGUGUGGUGGAUGUCCUUACUAUUAUUUUUGAGACAGUGUCUUGCUCUCUCUCCCAGGCUGGAAUUCAGUGGCACAAAUCUCAGCUCACUGUACCUCCGGCUCCUGGGUUCAAGUGAUUCUCAUCUCAGCCUCCCAAGUAGUGUGAACUAAUGGCAUGUGCCACCACGCCUGGCUAAUUUUUGUAUUUUUAGUAGAGACAGGGUUUCACCAUGUUGGCCAGGCUGGUCUCAAACUCCUGGCCUCAAGUGAUCCACCCACCUCAGCCGCCCAAACUGUUGGGAUUACAGGCAUGAGCCACCAUGCCCUGCCCCUUAUUUUACUUUAUCCUCCUGAUUAUUUGGAUUUGCUACACUAAACAUGUAUUUUAUAAUAAAAAAUAAUUAAGAUUUCAAACAAUGUAUUUGACUACUAAAAAGCAAAUUAUAUAAAUCAGUUGAAUAAUAAUGUUGUUAAAGAGGCUGUUUAGCAUGAAUUUGACCAAAUCUAUAGUCAAAGUUUGAUUCUACUUGAAUUUUUUGGAAAUUUGCUGUUGUAUUACUUAUUCUUUGCCUUGUUCUCUGUGAAGUCCUUUCCUAAAAAAACAAACUUAUACAAUUUAGUUCACAAAACUUUGCUGACCUCUUUCUCUGUAGAAAUGAAAACUAAAUAUAUAUAUAUAAUUGAGAAAUAAUUCUGAUACUCUUCAUUCCUAUAAAAGUAAUUAAGAUAGACCUAUAGGAUUGUUGAACUUUGCUGCCAAAUAUAGUAACCAGUAAUCACAGCUAGCUGUAAAAUUGAAAAUUCAGUUCAGUCAAAUUAGCCAUAUUUCAAGUGCUCAACAGCCACUGGUGGCUAUUGGUUACCUUACUGACCAGCCAAUAUAGGCUAUUUCCGUCAUUAUAGAAAGCUCUAUUGGUCUAGGACAUAUAUUUUGUAUUUUCCCCUCACCUACGAUCCAAUAAUGAGUAAUAGUUCAAAGUAAAAGUGACUUAAUUUGAAAUUACUUCUGUUUGGCUAGUUUGCUUAGCUGAUCACCACCAACAUCAUAGGUCUAGAAAUCGCCCAACUAAGAUCAGGGGUGUUUCAUGGGAAAAUCCACACAAACUAUUCAUUAAAAACCAUAGAGCCAUGGACUGUCA